AUGAUCCAACUGGCCAUCAUCCUUGCCUCCAUCAUCCUUGCCUCCAUCAUCCUUGCUUCCAUCAUCCUUGCUUCCAUCAUCCUUGCCUCCAUCAUCCUUGCCUCCAUCAUCCUUGCAUCCAUCAUCCUUGCUACCAUCAUCCUUGCCUCCAUCAUCCUUGCCUCCAUCAUCCUUGCCUCCAUCAUCCUUGCCUCCAUCAUCCUUGCCUCCAUCAUCCUUGCCACCAUCAUCCUUGCCUCCAUCAUCUUUGCCUCCAUCAUCCUUGCCUCCAUCAUCCUUGCCUCCAUCAUCCUUGCCUCCAUCAUCCUUGCCUCCAUAAUCCUUGCUUCCAUCAUCCUUGCUUCCAUCAUCCUUGCCUCCAUCAUCCUUGCCUCCAUCAUCCUUGCCUCCCUCAUCCUUGCCUCCAUCAUCCUUGCCUCCAUCAUCCUUGCCUCCAUCAUCCUGGCCUCAAUCAUCCUUGCUUCCAUCAUCCUUGCUUCCAUCAUCCUUGCCUCCAUCAUCCUUGCUUCCAUCAUCCUUGCUUCCAUCAUCCUUGCCUCCAUCAUCCUUGCCUCCAUCAUCCUUGCCUCCAUCAUCCUUGCCUCCAUCAUCGUUGCAUCCAUCAUCCUUGCCACCAUCAUCCUUGCCUCCAUCAUCCUUGCCUCCAUCAUCCUUGCCUCCAUCAUCCUUGCCUCCAUCAUCCUUGCCUCCAUCAUCCUUGCCUCCAUCAUCCUUGCCUCCAUCAUCCUUGCCUCCAUCAUCCUCGCCUCCAUCAUCCUCGCCUCCAUCAUCCCUUGCCUCCAUCAUCCUUGCCUCCAUCAUCCUUGCCUCCAUCAUCCUUGCCUCCAUCAUCCUUGCUUCCAUCAUCCUUGCUUACAUCAUCCUUGCCUCCAUCAUCCUUCCUCCAUCAUCCUUGCCACCAUCAUCCUUGCCACCAUCAUCCUUGCUUCCAUCAUCCUUGCCUCCAUCAUCCUUGCCUCCAUCAUCCUUGCCUCCAUAAUCCUUGCCUCCAUCGUCCUUGCCUCCAUCAUCCUUGCCUCCAUCAUCCUUGCCUCCAUCAUCCUUGCCUCCCUCAUCCUUGCCUCCAUCAUCCUUGCCUCCAUCAUCCUUGCCUCCCUCAUCCUUGCCUCCAUCAUCCUUGCCUCCAUCAUCCUUGCCUCCAUCAUCCUUGCCUCCAUCAUCCUUGCCUCCAUCAUCCUUGCCUCCAUCAUCCUAGCCUCCAUCAUCCUUGCCUCCAUCAUCCUUGCCACCAUCAUCCUUGCCACCAUCAUCCUUGCCUCCAUCAUCCUUGCCUCCAUCAUCCUUGCCUCCAUCAUCCUUGCCUCCAUCAUCCUUGCCUCCAUCAUCCUUGCCUCCAUCAUCCUUGCCUCCAUCAUCCUUGCCUCCAUCAUCCUUGCUUCCAUCAUCCUUGCUUCCAUCAUCCUUGCCUCCAUCAUCCUUGCCUCCAUCAUCCUUGCCACCAUCAUCCUUGCCUCCAUCAUCCUUGCCUCCAUCAUCCUUGCCUCCAUCAUCCUUGCCUCCAUAAUCCUUGCUUCCAUCAUCCUUGCUUCCAUCAUCCUUGCCUCCAUCAUCCUUGCCUCCAUCAUCCUUGCCUCCCUCAUCCUUGCCUCCAUCAUCCUUGCCUCCAUCAUCCUUGCCUCCAUCAUCCUUGCCUCAAUCAUCCUUGCUUCCAUCAUCCUUGCUUCCAUCAUCCUUGCCUCCAUCAUCCUUGCUUCCAUCAUCCUUGCUUCCAUCAUCCUUGCCUCCAUCAUCCUUGCCUCCAUCAUCCUUGCCUCCAUCAUCCUUGCCUCCAUCAUCGUUGCAUCCAUCAUCCUUGCCACCAUCAUCAUCCUUGCCUCCAUCAUCCUUGCCUCCAUCAUCCUUGCCUCCAUCAUCCUUGCCUCCAUCAUCCUUGCCUCCAUCAUCCUUGCCUCCAUCAUCCUUGCCUCCAUCAUCCUCGCCUCCAUCAUCCUCGCCUCCAUCAUCCCUUGCCUCCAUCAUCCUUGCCUCCAUCAUCCUUGCCUCCAUCAUCCUUGCCUCCAUCAUCCUUGCUUCCAUCAUCCUUGCUUACAUCAUCCUUGCCUCCAUCAUCCUUGCCUCCAUCAUCCUUGCCUCCAUCAUCCUUGCCUCCAUCAUCCUUGCCUCCAUCAUCCUUGCCUCAAUCAUCCUUGCCUCCAUCAUCCUUGCUUCCAUCAUCCUUGCCUCCAUCAUCCUUGCCUCCAUCAUCCUUGCUUCCAUCAUCCUUGCUUCCAUCAUCCUUGCCUCCAUCAUCCUUGCCUCCAUCAUCCUUGCCUCCAUCAUCCUAGCCUCCAUCAUCCUUGCCACCAUCAUCCUUGCCACCAUCAUCCUUGCUUCCAUCAUCCUUGCCUCCAUCAUCCUUGCCUCCAUCAUCCUUGCCUCCAUAAUCCUUGCCUCCAUCCCUCCAUCAUCCUUGCCUCCAUCAUCCUUGCCACCAUCAUCCUUGCCACCAUCAUCCUUGCCUCCAUCAUCCUUGGCUCCAUCAUCCUUGCCUCCAUCAUCCUUGCCUCCAUCAUCCUUGCCUCCAUCAUCCUUGCCUCCAUCAUCCUUGCCUCCAUCAUCCUUGCCUCCAUCAUCCUUGCUUCCAUCAUCCUUGCUUCCAUCAUCCUUGCCUCCAUCAUCCUUGCCUCCAUCAUCCUUGCCACCAUCAUCCUUGCCUCCAUCAUCCUUGCCUCCAUCAUCCUUGCCUCCAUCAUCCUUGCCUCCAUAAUCCUUGCUUCCAUCAUCCUUGCUUCCAUCAUCCUUGCCUCCAUCAUCCUUGCCUCCAUCAUCCUUGCCUCCCUCAUCCUUGCCUCCAUCAUCCUUGCCUCCAUCAUCCUUGCCUCCAUCAUCCUUGCCUCAAUCAUCCUUGCUUCCAUCAUCCUUGCUUCCAUCAUCCUUGCCUCCAUCAUCCUUGCCUCCAUCAUCGUUGCAUCCAUCAUCCUUGCCACCAUCAUCCUUGCCUUCAUCAUCCUUGCCUCCAUCAUCCUUGCCUCCAUCAUCCUUGCCUCCAUCAUCCUUGCCUCCAUCAUCCUUGCCUCCAUCAUCCUUGCCUCCAUAAUCCUUGCCUCCAUCGUCCUUGCCUCCAUCAUCCUUGCCUCCAUCAUCCUUGCCUCCAUCAUCCUUGCCUCCCUCAUCCUUGCCUCCAUCAUCCUUGCCUCCAUCAUCCUUGCCUCCCUCAUCCUUGCCUCCAUCAUCCUUGCCUCCAUCAUCCUUGCCUCCAUCAUCCUUGCCUCCAUCAUCCUUGCCUCCAUCAUCCUUGCCUCCAUCAUCCUAGCCUCCAUCAUCCUUGCCUCCAUCAUCCUUGCCACCAUCAUCCUUGCCACCAUCAUCCUUGCCUCCAUCAUCCUUGCCUCCAUCAUCCUUGCCUCCAUCAUCCUUGCCUCCAUCAUCCUUGCCUCCAUCAUCCUUGCCUCCAUCAUCCUUGCCUCCAUCAUCCUUGCCUCCAUCAUCCUUGCUUCCAUCAUCCUUGCUUCCAUCAUCCUUGCCUCCAUCAUCCUUGCCUCCAUCAUCCUUGCCACCAUCAUCCUUGCCUCCAUCAUCCUUGCCUCCAUCAUCCUUGCCUCCAUCAUCCUUGCCUCCAUAAUCCUUGCUUCCAUCAUCCUUGCUUCCAUCAUCCUUGCCUCCAUCAUCCUUGCCUCCAUCAUCCUUGCCUCCCUCAUCCUUGCCUCCAUCAUCCUUGCCUCCAUCAUCCUUGCCUCCAUCAUCCUUGCCUCAAUCAUCCUUGCUUCCAUCAUCCUUGCUUCCAUCAUCCUUGCCUCCAUCAUCCUUGCUUCCAUCAUCCUUGCUUCCAUCAUCCUUGCCUCCAUCAUCCUUGCCUCCAUCAUCCUUGCCUCCAUCAUCCUUGCCUCCAUCAUCGUUGCAUCCAUCAUCCUUGCCACCAUCAUCCUUGCCUCCAUCAUCCUUGCCUCCAUCAUCCUUGCCUCCAUCAUCCUUGCCUCCAUCAUCCUUGCCUCCAUCAUCCUUGCCUCCAUCAUCCUUGCCUCCACCAUCCUUGCCUCCAUCAUCCUCGCCUCCAUCAUCCUCGCCUCCAUCAUCCCUUGCCUCCAUCAUCCUUGCCUCCAUCAUCCUUGCCUCCAUCAUCCUUGCCUCCAUCAUCCUUGCUUCCAUCAUCCUUGCUUACAUCAUCCUUGCCUCCAUCAUCCUUGCCUCCAUCAUCCUUGCCUCCAUCAUCCUUGCCUCCAUCAUCCUUGCCUCCAUCAUCCUUGCCUCAAUCAUCCUUGCCUCCAUCAUCCUUGCUUCCAUCAUCCUUGCCUCCAUCAUCCUUGCCUCCAUCAUCCUUGCUUCCAUCAUCCUUGCUUCCAUCAUCCUUGCCUCCAUCAUCCUUGCCUCCAUCAUCCUUGCUUCCAUCAUCCUAGCCUCCAUCAUCCUUGCCACCAUCAUCCUUGCCACCAUCAUCCUUGCUUCCAUCAUCCUUGCCUCCAUCAUCCUUGCCUCCAUCAUCCUUGCCUCCAUAAUCCUUGCCUCCAUCCCUCCAUCAUCCUUGCCUCCAUCAUCCUUGCCACCAUCAUCCUUGCCACCAUCAUCCUUGCCUCCAUCAUCCUUGCCUCCAUCAUCCUUGCCUCCAUCAUCCUUGCCUCCAUCAUCCUUGCCUCCAUCAUCCUUGCCUCCAUCAUCCUUGCCUCCAUCAUCCUUGCCUCCAUCAUCCUUGCUUCCAUCAUCCUUGCUUCCAUCAUCCUUGCCUCCAUCAUCCUUGCCUCCAUCAUCCUUGCCACCAUCAUCCUUGCCUCCAUCAUCCUUGCCUCCAUCAUCCUUGCCUCCAUCAUCCUUGCCUCCAUAAUCCUUGCUUCCAUCAUCCUUGCUUCCAUCAUCCUUGCCUCCAUCAUCCUUGCCUCCAUCAUCCUUGCCUCCCUCAUCCUUGCCUCCAUCAUCCUUGCCUCCAUCAUCCUUGCCUCCAUCAUCCUUGCCUCAAUCAUCCUUGCUUCCAUCAUCCUUGCUUCCAUCAUCCUUGCCUCCAUCAUCCUUGCUUCCAUCAUCCUUGCUUCCAUCAUCCUUGCCUCCAUCAUCCUUGCCUCCAUCAUCCUUGCCUCCAUCAUCCUUGCCUCCAUCAUCGUUGCAUCCAUCAUCCUUGCCACCAUCAUCCUUGCCUCCAUCAUCCUUGCCUCCAUCAUCCUUGCCUCCAUCAUCCUUGCCUCCAUCAUCCUUGCCUCCAUCAUCCUUGCCUCCAUCAUCCUUGCCUCCAUCAUCCUUGCCUCCAUCAUCCUCGCCUCCAUCAUCCUCGCCUCCAUCAUCCCUUGCCUCAAUCAUCCUUGCCUCCAUCAUCCUUGCCUCCAUCAUCCUUGCCUCCAUCAUCCUUGCUUCCAUCAUCCUUGCUUACAUCAUCCUUGCCUCCAUCAUCCUUGCCUCCAUCAUCCUUGCCUCCAUCAUCCUUGCCUCCAUCAUCCUUGCCUCCAUCAUCCUUGCCUCAAUCAUCCUUGCCUCCAUCAUCCUUGCUUCCAUCAUCCUUGCCUCCAUCAUCCUUGCCUCCAUCAUCCUUGCCUCCAUAAUCCUUGCUUCCAUCAUCCUUGCUUCCAUCAUCCUUGCCUCCAUCAUCCUUGCCUCCAUCAUCCUUGCCUCCCUCAUCCUUGCCUCCAUCAUCCUUGCCUCCAUCAUCCUUGCCUCCAUCAUCCUUGCCUCAAUCAUCCUUGCUUCCAUCAUCCUUGCUUCCAUCAUCCUUGCCUCCAUCAUCCUUGCUUCCAUCAUCCUUGCUUCCAUCAUCCUUGCCUCCAUCAUCCUUGCCUCCAUCAUCCUUGCCUCCAUCAUCCUUGCCUCCAUCAUCGUUGCAUCCAUCAUCCUUGCCACCAUCAUCCUUGCCUCCAUCAUCCUUGCCUCCAUCAUCCUUGCCUCCAUGAUCCUUGCCUCCAUCAUCCUUGCCUCCAUCAUCCUUGCCUCCAUCAUCCUUGCCUCCACCAUCCUUGCCUCCAUCAUCCUCGCCUCCAUCAUCCUCGCCUCCAUCAUCCCUUGCCUCCAUCAUCCUUGCCUCCAUCAUCCUUGCCUCCAUCAUCCUUGCCUCCAUCAUCCUUGCUUCCAUCAUCCUUGCUAACAUCAUCCUUGCCUCCAUCAUCCUUGCCUCAAUCAUCCUUGCCUCCAUCAUCCUUGCCUCCAUCAUCCUCGCCUCCAUCAUCCUCGCCUCCAUCAUCCCUUGCCUCCAUCAUCCUUGCCUCCAUCAUCCUUGCCUCCAUCAUCCUUGCCUCCAUCAUCCUUGCUUCCAUCAUCCUUGCUUCCAUCAUCCUUGCCUCCAUCAUCCUUGCCUCCAUCAUCCUUGCUUCCAUCAUCCUAGCCUCCAUCAUCCUUGCCACCAUCAUCCUUGCCACCAUCAUCCUUGCUUCCAUCAUCCUUGCCUCCAUCAUCCUUGCCUCCAUCAUCCUUGCCUCCAUAAUCCUUGCCUCCAUCGUCCUUGCCUCCAUCAUCCUUGCCUCCAUCAUCCUUGCCUCCAUCAUCCUUGCCUCCCUCAUCCUUGCCUCCAUCAUCCUUGCCUCCAUCAUCCUUGCCUCCAUCAUCCUUGCCUCCCUCAUCCUUGCCUCUAUCAUCCUUGCCUCCAUCAUCCUUGCCUCCAUCAUCCUUGCCUCCAUCAUCCUUGCCUCCAUCAUCCUUGCCUCCAUCAUCCUAGCCUCCAUCAUCCUUGCCUCCAUCAUCCUUGCCACCAUCAUCCUUGCCACCAUCAUCCUUGCCUCCAUCAUCCUUGCCUCCAUCAUCCUUGCCUCCAUCAUCCUUGCCUCCAUCAUCCUUGCCUCCAUCAUCCUUGCCUCCAUCAUCCUUGCCUCCAUCAUCCUUGCCUCCAUCAUCCUUGCUUCCAUCAUCCUUGCUUCCAUCAUCCUUGCCUCCAUCAUCCUUGCCUCCAUCAUCCUUGCCACCAUCAUCCUUGCCUCCAUCAUCCUUGCCUCCAUCAUCCUUGCCUCCAUCAUCCUUGCCUCCAUAAUCCUUGCUUCCAUCAUCCUUGCUUCCAUCAUCCUUGCCUCCAUCAUCCUUGCCUCCAUCAUCCUUGCCUCCCUCAUCCUUGCCUCCAUCAUCCUUGCCUCCAUCAUCCUUGCCUCCAUCAUCCUUGCCUCAAUCAUCCUUGCUUCCAUCAUCCUUGCUUCCAUCAUCCUUGCCUCCAUCAUCCUUGCUUCCAUCAUCCUUGCUUCCAUCAUCCUUGCCUCCAUCAUCCUUGCCUCCAUCAUCCUUGCCUCCAUCAUCCUUGCCUCCAUCAUCGUUGCAUCCAUCAUCCUUGCCACCAUCAUCCUUGCCUCCAUCAUCCUUGCCUCCAUCAUCCUUGCCUCCAUCAUCCUUGCCUCCAUCAUCCUUGCCUCCAUCAUCCUUGCCUCCAUCAUCCUUGCCUCCAUCAUCCUUGCCUCCAUCAUCCUCGCCUCCAUCAUCCUCGCCUCCAUCAUCCCUUGCCUCCAUCAUCCUUGCCUCCAUCAUCCUUGCCUCCAUCAUCCUUGCCUCCAUCAUCCUUGCUUCCAUCAUCCUUGCUUACAUCAUCCUUGCCUCCAUCAUCCUUGCCUCCAUCAUCCUUGCCUCCAUCAUCCUUGCCUCCAUCAUCCUUGCCUCCAUCAUCCUUGCCUCAAUCAUCCUUGCCUCCAUCAUCCUUGCUUCCAUCAUCCUUGCCUCCAUCAUCCUUGCCUCCAUCAUCCUUGCUUCCAUCAUCCUUGCUUCCAUCAUCCUUGCCUCCAUCAUCCUUGCCUCCAUCAUCCUUGCAUCCAUCAUCCUUGCCACCAUCAUCCUUGCCUCCAUCAUCCUUGCCUCCAUCAUCCUUGCCUCCAUCAUCCUUGCCUCCAUCAUCCUUGCCUCCAUCAUCCUUGCCACCAUCAUCCUUGCCUCCAUCAUCUUUGCCUCCAUCAUCCUUGCCUCCAUCAUCCUUGCCUCCAUCAUCCUUGCCUCCAUCAUCCUAGCCUCCAUCAUCCUUGCCACCAUCAUCCUUGCCACCAUCAUCCUUGCUUCCAUCAUCCUUGCCUCCAUCAUCCUUGCCUCCAUCAUCCUUGCCUCCAUAAUCCUUGCCUCCAUCCCUCCAUCAUCCUUGCCUCCAUCAUCCUUGCCACCAUCAUCCUUGCCACCAUCAUCCUUGCCUCCAUCAUCCUUGCCUCCAUCAUCCUUGCCUCCAUCAUCCUUGCCUCCAUCAUCCUUGCCUCCAUCAUCCUUGCCUCCAUCAUCCUUGCCUCCAUCAUCCUUGCCACCAUCAUCCUUGCCUCCAUCAUCCUUGCCUCCAUCAUCCUUGCCUCCAUCAUCCUUGCCUCCAUCAUCCUUGCCUCCAUCAUCCUUGCCUCAAUCAUCCUUGCCUCCAUCAUCCUUGCUUCCAUCAUCCUUGCCUCCAUCAUCCUUGCCUCCAUCAUCCUUGCUUCCAUCAUCCUUGCUUCCAUCAUCCUUGCCUCCAUCAUCCUUGCCUCCAUCAUCCUUGCAUCCAUCAUCCUUGCCACCAUCAUCCUUGCCUCCAUCAUCCUUGCCUCCAUCAUCCUUGCCUCCAUCAUCCUUGCCUCCAUCAUCCUUGCCUCCAUCAUCCUUGCCACCAUCAUCCUUGCCUCCAUCAUCUUUGCCUCCAUCAUCCUUGCCUCCAUCAUCCUUGCCUCCAUCAUCCUUGCCUCCAUCAUCCUAGCCUCCAUCAUCCUUGCCACCAUCAUCCUUGCCACCAUCAUCCUUGCUUCCAUCAUCCUUGCCUCCAUCAUCCUUGCCUCCAUCAUCCUUGCCUCCAUAAUCCUUGCCUCCAUCAUCCUUGCCACCAUCAUCCUUGCCUCCAUCAUCCUUGCCUCCAUCAUCCUUGCCUCCAUCAUCCUUGCCUCCAUCAUCCUUGCCUCCAUCAUCCUUGCCACCAUCAUCCUUGCCUCCAUCAUCUUUGCCUCCAUCAUCCUUGCCUCCAUCAUCCUUGCCUCCAUCAUCCUUGCCUCCAUCAUCCUAGCCUCCAUCAUCCUUGCCACCAUCAUCCUUGCCACCAUCAUCCUUGCUUCCAUCAUCCUUGCCUCCAUCAUCCUUGCCUCCAUCAUCCUUGCCUCCAUAAUCCUUGCCUCCAUCGUCCUUGCCUCCAUCAUCCUUGCCUCCAUCAUCCUUGCCUCCAUCAUCCUUGCCUCCCUCAUCCUUGCCUCCAUCAUCCUUGCCUCCCUCAUCCUUGCCUCCAUCAUCCUUGCCUCCAUCAUCCUUGCCUCCAUCAUCCUUGCCUCCAUCAUCCUUGCCUCCAUCAUCCUUGCCUCCAUCAUCCUUGCCUCCAUCAUCCUUGCCUCCAUCAUCCUAGCCUCCAUCAUCCUUGCCUCCAUCAUCCUUGCCACCAUCAUCCUUGCCUCCAUCAUCCUUGCCUCCAUCAUCCUUGCCUCCAUCAUCCUUGCCUCCAUCAUCCUUGCCUCCAUCAUCCUUGCCUCCAUCAUCCUUGCCUCCAUCAUCCUUGCCACCAUCAUCCUUGCCUCCAUCAUCCUUGCCUCCAUCAUCCUUGCCUCCAUCAUCCUUGCCACCAUCAUCCUUGCCUCCAUCAUCCUUGCCUCCAUCAUCCUUGCCUCCAUCAUCCUUGCCUCCAUCAUCCUUGCCUCCAUCAUCCUUGCCUCCAUCAUCCUUGCCUCCAUCAUCCUUGCCUCCAUCAUCCUUGCUUCCAUCAUCCUUGCUUCCAUCAUCCUUGCCUCCAUCAUCCUUGCCUCCAUCAUCCUUGCCACCAUCAUCCUUGCCUCCAUCAUCCUUGCCUCCAUCAUCCUUGCCUCCAUCAUCCUUGCCUCCAUAAUCCUUGCUUCCAUCAUCCUUGCUUCCAUCAUCCUUGCCUCCAUCAUCCUUGCCUCCAUCAUCCUUGCCUCCCUCAUCCUUGCCUCCAUCAUCCUUGCCUCCAUCAUCCUUGCCUCCAUCAUCCUUGCCUCAAUCAUCCUUGCUUCCAUCAUCCUUGCUUCCAUCAUCCUUGCCUCCAUCAUCCUUGCUUCCAUCAUCCUUGCUUCCAUCAUCCUUGCCUCCAUCAUCCUUGCCUCCAUCAUCCUUGCCUCCAUCAUCCUUGCCUCCAUCAUCCCUCCAUCAUCCUUGCCUCCAUCAUCCUUACCACCAUCAUCCUUGCCACCAUCAUCCUUGCCUCCAUCAUCCUUGCCUCCAUCAUCCUUGCCUCCAUCAUCCUUGCCUCCAUCAUCCUUGCCUCCAUCAUCCUUGCCUCCAUCAUCCUUGCCACCAUCAUCCUUGCCUCCAUCAUCCUUGCCUCCAUCAUCCUUGCUUCCAUCAUCCUUGCUUCCAUCAUCCUUGCCUCCAUCAUCCUUGCCUCCAUCAUCCUUGCCUCCAUCAUCCUUGCCUCCAUCAUCCUUGCCUCAAUCAUCCUUGCCUCAAUCAUCCUUGCUUCCAUCAUCCUUGCUUCCAUCAUCCUUGCCUCCAUCAUCCUUGCUUCCAUCAUCCUUGCUUCCAUCAUCCUUGCCUCCAUCAUCCUUGCCUCCAUCAUCCUUGCCUCCAUCAUCCUUGCCUCCAUCAUCGUUGCAUCAAUCAUCCUUGCCACCAUCAUCCUUGCCUCCAUCAUCCUUGCCUCCAUCAUCCUUGCCUCCAUCAUCCUUGCCUCCAUCAUCCUUGCCUCCAUCAUCCUUGCCUCCAUCAUCCUUGCCUCCAUCAUCCUUGCCUCCAUCAUCCUCGCCUCCAUCAUCCUCGCCUCCAUCAUCCCUUGCCUCCAUCAUCCUUGCCUCCAUCAUCCUUGCCUCCAUCAUCCUUGCCUCCAUCAUCCUUGCUUCCAUCAUCCUUGCUUACAUCAUCCUUGCCUCCAUCAUCCUUGCCUCCAUCAUCCUUGCCUCCAUCAUCCUUGCCUCCAUCAUCCUUGCCUCCAUCAUCCUUGCCUCAAUCAUCCUUGCCUCCAUCAUCCUUGCUUCCAUCAUCCUUGCCUCCAUCAUCCUUGCCUCCAUCAUCCUUGCUUCCAUCAUCCUUGCUUCCAUCAUCCUUGCCUCCAUCAUCCUUGCCUCCAUCAUCCUUGCAUCCAUCAUCCUUGCCACCAUCAUCCUUGCCUCCAUCAUCCUUGCCUCCAUCAUCCUUGCCUCCAUCAUCCUUGCCUCCAUCAUCCUUGCCACCAUCAUCCUUGCCUCCAUCAUCUUUGCCUCCAUCAUCCUUGCCUCCAUCAUCCUUGCCUCCAUCAUCCUUGCCUCCAUCAUCCUAGCCUCCAUCAUCCUUGCCACCAUCAUCCUUGCCACCAUCAUCCUUGCUUCCAUCAUCCUUGCCUCCAUCAUCCUUGCCUCCAUCAUCCUUGCCUCCAUAAUCCUUGCCUUCAUCGUCCUUGCCUCCAUCAUCCUUGCCUCCAUCAUCCUUGCCUCCAUCAUCCUUGCCUCCCUCAUCCUUGCCUGCAUCAUCCUUGCCUCCAUCAUCCUUGCCUCCAUCAUCCUUGCCUCCCUCAUCCUUGCCUCCAUCAUCCUUGCCUCCAUCAUCCUUGCCACCAUCAUCCUUGCCUCCAUCAUCCUUGCCUCCAUCAUCCUUGCCUCCAUCAUCCUUGCCUCCAUCAUCCUUGCCUCCAUCAUCCUUGCAUCCAUCAUCCUUGCCACCAUCAUCCUUGCCUCCAUCAUCCUUGCCUCCAUCAUCCUUGCCUCCAUCAUCCUUGCCUCCAUCAUCCUUGCCUCCAUCAUCCUUGCCUCAAUCAUCCUUGCCUCCAUCAUCCUUGCUUCCAUCAUCCUUGCCUCCAUCAUCCUUGCCUCCAUCAUCCUUGCUUCCAUCAUCCUUGCUUCCAUCAUCCUUGCCUCCAUCAUCCUUGCCUCCAUCAUCCUUGCAUCCAUCAUCCUUGCCACCAUCAUCCUUGCCUCCAUCAUCCUUGCCUCCAUCAUCCUUGCCUCCAUCAUCCUUGCCUCCAUCAUCCUUGCCACCAUCAUCCUUGCCUCCAUCAUCUUUGCCUCCAUCAUCCUUGCCUCCAUCAUCCUUGCCUCCAUCAUCCUUGCCUCCAUCAUCCUAGCCUCCAUCAUCCUUGCCACCAUCAUCCUUGCCACCAUCAUCCUUGCUUCCAUCAUCCUUGCCUCCAUCAUCCUUGCCUCCAUCAUCCUUGCCUCCAUAAUCCUUGCCUUCAUCGUCCUUGCCUCCAUCAUCCUUGCCUCCAUCAUCCUUGCCUCCAUCAUCCUUGCCUCCCUCAUCCUUGCCUGCAUCAUCCUUGCCUCCAUCAUCCUUGCCUCCAUCAUCCUUGCCUCCCUCAUCCUUGCCUCCAUCAUCCUUGCCUCCAUCAUCCUUGCCACCAUCAUCCUUGCCUCCAUCAUCCUUGCCUCCAUCAUCCUUGCCUCCAUCAUCCUUGCCUCCAUCAUCCUUGCCUCCAUCAUCCUUGCAUCCAUCAUCCUUGCCACCAUCAUCCUUGCCUCCAUCAUCCUUGCCUCCAUCAUCCUUGCCUCCAUCAUCCUUGCCUCCAUCAUCCUUGCCUCCAUCAUCCUUGCCACCAUCAUCCUUGCCUCCAUCAUCUUUGCCUCCAUCAUCCUUGCCUCCAUCAUCCUUGCCUCCAUCAUCCUUGCCUCCAUCAUCCUAGCCUCCAUCAUCCUUGCCACCAUCAUCCUUGCCACCAUCAUCCUUGCUUCCAUCAUCCUUGCCUCCAUCAUCCUUGCCUCCAUCAUCCUUGCCUCCAUAAUCCUUGCCUCCAUCGUCCUUGCCUCCAUCAUCCUUGCCUCCAUCAUCCUUGCCUCCAUCAUCCUUGCCUCCCUCAUCCUUGCCUCCAUCAUCCUUGCCUCCCUCAUCCUUGCCUCCAUCAUCCUUGCCUCCAUCAUCCUUGCCUCCAUCAUCCUUGCCUCCAUCAUCCUUGCCUCCAUCAUCCUUGCCUCCAUCAUCCUUGCCUCCAUCAUCCUUGCCUCCAUCAUCCUAGCCUCCAUCAUCCUUGCCUCCAUCAUCCUUGCCACCAUCAUCCUUGCCACCAUCAUCCUUGCCUCCAUCAUCCUUGCCUCCAUCAUCCUUGCCUCCAUCAUCCUUGCCUCCAUCAUCCUUGCCUCCAUCAUCCUUGCCUCCAUCAUCCUUGCCUCCAUCAUCCUUGCCACCAUCAUCCUUGCCUCCAUCAUCCUUGCCUCUAUCAUCCUUGCCUCCAUCAUCCUUGCCUCCAUCAUCCUUGCCUCCAUCAUCCUAGCCUCCAUCAUCCUUGCCACCAUCAUCCUUGCCACCAUCAUCCUUGCCUCCAUCAUCCUUGCCUCCAUCAUCCUUGCCUCCAUCAUCCUUGCCUCCAUCAUCCUUGCCUCCAUCAUCCUUGCCUCCAUCAUCCUUGCCUCCAUCAUCCUUGCCUCCAUCAUCCUUGCCUCCAUCAUCCUUGCCUCCAUCAUCCUUGCCUCCAUCAUCCUUGCCUCCAUCAUCCUUGCCUCCAUCAUCCUUGCCUCCAUCAUCCUUGCCUCCAUCAUCCUUGCCUCCAUCAUCCUAGCGUCCAUCAUCCUUGCCUCCAUCAUCCUUGCCACCAUCAUCCUUGCCACCAUCAUCCUUGCCUCCAUCAUCCUUGCCUCCAUCAUCCUUGCCUCCAUCAUCCUAGCCUCCAUCAUCCUUGCCUCCAUCAUCCUUGCCACCAUCAUCCUUGCCACCAUCAUCCUUGCCUCCAUCAUCCUUGCCUCCAUCAUCCUUGCCUCCAUCAUCCUUGCCUCCAUCAUCCUUGCCUCCAUCAUCCUUGCCUCCAUCAUCCUUGCCACCAUCAUCCUUGCCUCCAUCAUCCUUGCCUCCAUCAUCCUUGCUUCCAUCAUCCUUGCUUCCAUCAUCCUUGCCUCCAUCAUCCUUGCCUCCAUCAUCCUUGCCUCCAUCAUCCUUGCCUCCAUCAUCCUUGCCUCAAUCAUCCUUGCCUCAAUCAUCCUUGCUUCCAUCAUCCUUGCUUCCAUCAUCCUUGCCUCCAUCAUCCUUGCUUCCAUCAUCCUUGCUUCCAUCAUCCUUGCCUCCAUCAUCCUUGCCUCCAUCAUCCUUGCCUCCAUCAUCCUUGCCUCCAUCAUCGUUGCAUCCAUCAUCCUUGCCACCAUCAUCCUUGCCUCCAUCAUCCUUGCCUCCAUCAUCCUUGCCUCCAUCAUCCUUGCCUCCAUCAUCCUUGCCUCCAUCAUCCUUGCCUCCAUCAUCCUUGCCUCCAUCAUCCUUGCCUCCAUCAUCCUCGCCUCCAUCAUCCUCGCCUCCAUCAUCCCUUGCCUCCAUCAUCCUUGCCUCCAUCAUCCUUGCCUCCAUCAUCCUUGCCUCCAUCAUCCUUGCCUCAUCCUUGCCUCCAAUCAUCCUUGCUUCCAUCAUCCUUGCUUACAUCAUCCUUGCCUCCAUCAUCCUUGCCUCCAUCAUCCUUGCCUCCAUCAUCCUUGCCUCCAUCAUCCUUGCCUCCAUCAUCCUUGCCUCAAUCAUCCUUGCCUCCAUCAUCCUUGCUUCCAUCAUCCUUGCCUCCAUCAUCCUUGCCUCCAUCAUCCUUGCUUCCAUCAUCCUUGCUUCCAUCAUCCUUGCCUCCAUCAUCCUUGCCUCCAUCAUCCUUGCAUCCAUCAUCCUUGCCACCAUCAUCCUUGCCUCCAUCAUCCUUGCCUCCAUCAUCCUUGCCUCCAUCAUCCUUGCCUCCAUCAUCCUUGCCACCAUCAUCCUUGCCUCCAUCAUCUUUGCCUCCAUCAUCCUUGCCUCCAUCAUCCUUGCCUCCAUCAUCCUUGCCUCCAUCAUCCUAGCCUCCAUCAUCCUUGCCACCAUCAUCCUUGCCACCAUCAUCCUUGCUUCCAUCAUCCUUGCCUCCAUCAUCCUUGCCUCCAUCAUCCUUGCCUCCAUAAUCCUUGCCUUCCAUCAUCCUUGCCUGCCAUCAUCCUUGCCUCCAUCAUCCUUGCCUCCAUCAUCCUUGCCUCCAUCAUCCUUGCCUCCAUCAUCCUUGCCUCCAUCAUCCUUGCCUCCAUCAUCCUUGCCUCCAUCAUCCUUGCCUCCAUCAUCCUUGCCCCAUCACCCUCAUCAACCUUGCCUCCAUCAUCCUUGCCUCCAUCAUCCUUGCCUCCAUCUCCUUGCCUCCAUCAUCCUUGCCCUCCAUCAUCCUUGCCUCCAUCAUCCUUGCCUCAUCAUCCUUGCCUCACCAUCAUCCUUGCCUCCAUCAUCCUUGCUCCAUCAUCCUUGCCACCAUCAUCCUUGCCUCCAUCAUCCUUGCCUCCUCAUUGCUCACCUACCUCAUCAUCCUUGCCCCAUCAUCCUAGCCAUCCAAUCAUCCUUGCCAGUCCAUCAUCCUUGCCAUCCAUCAUCCUUGCCUCCAUCAUACUUCCUCCAUCAUCCUUGCCUCCAUCAUCCUUGCCUCCAUCAAUCCUUGCCUCCAUCAUCCUUGCCUCCAUCAUCCUUGCCUCCAUCAUCCUUGCCUCCAUCAUCUUGCCUCCAUCAUCCUUGCCUCCAUCAUCCUUGCCUCCAUCAUCCUUGGCCUCCAUCAUCCUUGCCUCCAUCAUCCUUGCCUCCAUCAUCCUUGCCUCCAUCAUCCUAGCCUCCAUCAUCCUUGCCUCCAUCAUCCUUGCCUCCAUCAUCCUUGCCUCCAUCAUCCUUGCCUCCAUCAUCCUUGCCUCCAUCAUCCUUGCCUCCAUCAUCCUUGCCUCAUUAUCCUAG